AUGGGAAAUACGCAGGCACAUGCAGCCACACAGCCGAACGCUGCGUCAGCUGAGCAGCAACCAACCUCAAGGUCGUCCAAAACUCCGUCUCUCUCCAAGGGUCGGAGCUUCAUCAAAUUCGGCAAACGCAAGCAGCUGUUGGUGGAGCACGAUGGCCAAACGGGGAUCGGUGCAAGAGUUGGUGUCGAGGAUGACGACACCAAACCCGACCUUGCUGCUGCUGACACGGAAGAGGACGGCUUUUCGAACAUACUGCUAGAUACGGCUGCUCACUUGAACCGGAACCACUCACACCGUGAGCAAAAUGGUAACUUCGGUGAGAUAGCCGGACAAUCAGCUGAUUCGAAUUUGCGCAAUGAUGAGGAGGAGUUGGAUUACAUCCAACAACAAGCCUCAACUGGCGGCAAACCAUCGAUGCAUGCAAAAGAUGCGUCGCGAUCCGUUGAUGACGCAAUGUACAAGACUAGCCAUCAACCCAGCCCGGCCGCGACGAUGACGACAUCAAACGCGAGGGGCACGAUCACAAACCGAAACGCAUCAUCCACACACCCACCCGAUCACUGUAAGUCGCUGACCUGCUUAGGGACGCACAAGCACCAUUCUCUGCAACAAACGCUACCGCCCCACCGUACAUGCCCGCCGUCCGACAGUUCUAGUAGCACCGGUCGCGAUAGUACGCUCACUGGCAACCGCGAAUGCAGCACCGCACCAAUACAGCGGCAGGAUAGCGGCUUGCCGGUCGCGACGCAUUCCGUUUCUAUAACAACAAACGACGUCGAAAGCCCCACCCAGCCAGCCCACUGCAGUCAGGCGGCAUCCUCCCAUCUACGCAGCAAACCAGUUCCAGCCACGGACAACACGUUCGGCGAUGGUUGUGGUGGUGUUGUCGGCCAACAGCCAGCGAACCCGAUCAUUGUCACUACCGACUCGUGGAAAAGGGCCAAUUCGCUCAAUCAAACUCCAACCGCGCGUGAAAGCCAACCAUCCACCAAUUCGUGCGCGGCGUUACGCAGCAAAGAUACACCGAAUGUCAUACACUUGCGCGACCGUACCACAUCUUCAAGUUCUGACUCGAUCUUUACGGAUCCAGCAUCACCGCAAGGCGGUUUUGCGACCGAGAUUAACGAGGCAUACUAUUCAGAAGAAAACAUUUACGAUCCAAACGACACCCCUAGUUCGACUGUCUGUGGCAGGUCCCCUGGUCUAUCUAAGCUAACCAUCUGCAAGAAUGAUUCACUGACCGUCGGUGGCACCGAUAUUGAGCGUGAGGCGUGUCUGAGAGCGAAACUAGCGUGCGAGAAUGUGUUCCAGAUCAGUGUUCCACCGGGCAAUGCAAACUACGCUGACCGUAAGCCAUCACCAGCGAAUCUGCACAUCGAACACAACGUGAGCAACGUCUGCAUUGAGUCAGAAACCGUCGUGUAUGACUCAUCGGAAUCAUCUUCACCAUCCCCGGAUGACAUUAUGGAACGAAAACGGGUGCCUCUGUCCCAUCGAAGAACGGGUAGUGCCACCGUUACCGGUAGCAAUGGUACCGGAACAGCCGCCAUGGGAACACGUGUUCCCACGAAUGGGAAACCUACGAAAGUGCUGACCAAAUCGAACCUUUACGUAGGUACAAAAUUACCGGUGUUAACUGACCGUAAAGUCAGCUCGAAUAGCAUUUCGGGCACGACUCCGGCCAACAGAGUUAUACGACCGUCUUACGUCCCGGAAAAACUCAACUUUUUUUCGUACGAAAAAUUUGAAGGACAUAUGCUCAUGAAUUGGUUAUCAUCAUCGCUACCAUCGAAUAUCCCAGGAAUAAACGAACAAGACCUGCAAGCUCUCCUAUUCCAGUACUGCACUAAUCUUCUUGUUGCCGGUGUUAUGAAACAGAUACCUGAUAAACAUGCUCCACCACAGGAUACUUUUCGGACGAACCUCAUGUACCAGUGGACGCAUACCGAGCCACCAACACCGACACCUGUUACACCGGGUCGACUUGAACCACACGUCGUUUGGCCACACGUUUCGGUAACACAAUCCACUACGAAGAGCGUUUCUCACCAAGCAGCUAGCACAACUAUAGAGCAAAUCACCGGCAGCGGGUCUGAUAACGGUAAACCAAUGGAAACCACCGGACAGGAUCAGCAUGAUGAUCAAAAGGCGAAUGAUUUUCAACUUCUCCGGCGUAGAAUCGCAAGCUGCGAAACGAUCAGCCAACUGAAGAGCAUUUUGCAGGAGCUAUUCUUCAGCUACAGCAUCCCGGCUGAUGUGGUGGGAAUGACAAAGAAUCGCAAUAUAAAUGAUCAAUCAAUGAACACUAGCCAUGAUCUCCUCAAUGGCACUGAUUGCACAAUAUUUGACAAAGCCAGGACCGAUCUGCUUAACGAAACCGAAUGUACAGUGUUUGCUGCAUCUACAAGCACUCCAAAAAGGAAGUCCAUAGUCCAAGAAAACAAUAGCUCAAGCAGUUUGGAAGCGUCUCCAGACCAAGGAGCGCAAGAUGACCAGAAACGACCUAUUUCUGAACAUGAUACAACUGCGAUUGCGCAUCACACAUUCCUGAAUACCAGUAUUACUGCCAGCAAGAUCAGCGAUCUUCCAGAGCACUGCACAACUUGGUCCUUCAACGAAGCAACUAUGCCUAAUAGUUCUGCGCAGCGUGCUCCAUACGCGAAUUAUGUCUGUGCUAGCUGCGCCAAAUCGCUAGCGUAUGCAAGUACAUUGUCCACAACCUUAGCUCAAACUGUAGUCGAAUCUGCUAACAGCACAAGAAUCGCAGAUCGUACGGUUCCAACAGACAGCGCACAGCCUGCGCUAGUAACAAGGGAAACUCAAACCGACCCCAGCAAUACAGUGCAUUCCCAGGACGAUACUGCCAUUCCAUGUCCUUCUGACAUUAAGCCGGCAUUGCCACCACCACCGCCACCUCCACCGCCACCACCCCUCUUCAGUUCUUCACCUGCGAAUGGGGUACAACAGUUGGCUCCACCACCUCCCCCUCCACCACCACCUCCUGCACCUUUCCAAACUGCAUCAUUACCACCACCUCCACCUCCACCCCCGCCAAUGCCAAUCACCGUUGGCAAACCACUCUCCGCUCCUCCACCACCUCCACCGCCUCCACCAUUGGGGAUGGGCCCUGCGGGAGGAGCUGCUGGAAUAGCUUUGACAGGACCACCACCGCCUCCGCCAGGUGGUAUUGGUGGCGGGCUUGGCACAACUGGGCCGCACAUGGCUCCACCACCUGGACCAGGUAAAUUAGCGUCAAGUGCCUCCACUACUGCGAACACCAGUGGCCCUCCGCCACUACCACUACCCAUACCAGUGCCCGGAGGAUGGUAUGCGGCGAAUAUUCUUCGUAAACAACCGGUAAAUCCGCCUAAACCGAUGAAACCCCUGUACUGGACCCGCAUUAUAGCACCGAAAAGCAGCGCUGGCAAAAGUUCAAACCUGAUGUCGACGUCAUUGAAUGACGAAACAGACGGUGCAUCCUCCAUAUCCAGCACAAACGGCACGGAUGCUACUAACGGGGGAGUACAAUCUGUGAAGGUAGAACCGAAUCCUUCGCCACCGAUAUCACUGGAGCUUGAAAAGCGCUUAGGUCUGUGGCAGGAGCUUGAGGAAACAAAUCUUGACAAUUUGGAAGAGUUUACCGAGCUCUUUUCACGUCAAGUAAUCGUACCGAAGCUACGGGAAAAGGUAGAGAAACCAGAAAAAACGAUUAAAAUACUCGACUGCAAAAGGUCCCAAAAUGUGGGUAUAUUCGCCAAGAGCUUGCACGUGGAAUGGGACGAAAUUGAAUGUGCUAUAUAUCACUGCGAUACGUCCGUUGUUAGCCUGGAAGCGAUGCAAAAAAUCCUUGAAAUAAAAGCCAGCGAUGAGGAGCUGAUGCAGAUACGCGACUAUGCCGAGAGCAGUUUGGCCAAUAAUAACAAUGCGAUCCCGCUCGAUCAACCGGAACAGUUCCUUUUGCGCAUAUCAAGCAUAUCGUUCUUCUCGGAGCGCAUAUCCUGCAUCGUAUUUCAGGCCGAGUUCGAAGAACAUUACAAAGGCGUGUCGCGUAAGCUCAAAACAGUGAAACAAACCUGCGAGUUUCUUGCGGAGAGCGAAGAAUUGAAACAUCUCUUCUCGAUCAUACUGACGCUGGGCAACUUCAUGAAUGGGGGCAAUCGUACGCGCGGACAAGCGGAUGGAUUUGGGCUGGAGAUUCUAAGCAAACUCAAGGAUGUCAAGUCAGCCGACACUAAUACGACGCUCUUGCACUUUAUAAUUCGUACCUAUAUCAGCCAAUGUCGCAAGAGUGGAAUCAUACUUCAGGAAAUAAAGCUACCCAUUCCGGAUCCCGGUGAUCUGGAUAAGGCCGUAAUAGUGGACUACGACGAUUGUCGAACGCAGCUUACAAUGUUACGCUCAAAAACAGAAGAGUGCCGCAGGACUGCCGACAGAGUAAUCCAAGAGUCGACGGAAGAUCAUUUGCAUCCAUUCAAAGAAAUUAUGGAAGAGUUCAUUGAAAAGGCUACUGCCCGCAUUGAAAAGCAAUUUUGCAAGCUAGAGGAAUGCUGCGAAUGUUUCGUUCGAACAAUGCGAUUCUACCAUUUUACACCGAAAACCGGCACACUGGAAGAAUGCAAACCGGAAAUGUUCUUCGAACUGUGGCUACCGUUCGCACACGACUUUAGAAGCAUUUUUAAAAAGGAAAUGCAGCAUCACUUAAACGAACUUUUAAAAAAGACCAAACGUACAUCAACGGCACCGUCCGGUGCAAAACAAGCCACAGCGAAAGUUAAGCCAGGCUCGCUAAAGGAACGUAUGAAACGAUUGAUGCAGAACUAA